AUGGAUUUAAUUUUGGAAAUUAUUUCGCUCGUAAUUUUAACAAACAUAAUAGCCUAUAUUGCAUUAAAAUAUACAACCAGGUCACGUGAACUACCAACUUUAUCUCAACGAGUUUCGGCAACUUUUGCAAAAGCCUUUACAGAGAAUUUACCAUUAUGGUUAAUAAGGAUAUUAUAUGAUAUGAUUGGAUGGUUUGAACAAGCAAUCAACGGGUUUUUAAUUGGUAAAAAACGCCGUAAAUGGUGUCGUAAAAUAAAGAAUGGUGAAAAUUGGACAGGAUAUUUGAUUGCCGAAGAUGCACAAAAUUUAGAAGUUGGAGAUGAUGCAGAUGUUGUUAUUUUAUAUGCUCAUGGCGGUGGAUUCACUUGUGGUAAUGCAUUAUUAUCUCUUGUUGUUUUUGUAAGGUGGAUAAAGUCUUGGAAAUCAAGCCAUAAUGUAAAUGUUCAUAUAUUAUCUUUAGAAUAUGCCUUAUCACCGGAACAUUGCUUUCCAGCUGCAAGAGAAAAUAUGAUAGAUUGUUAUUUAUGGUUGGUGAAUCAGAGGAAAAUUAGUCCAUCAAAGAUAGUUUUUGCUGGUGAUAGUGCGGGUGCGAAUCUGGCAGUUGUAAGUGCAUUAUAUAUUUUACACAACCAAGUUAAAUUAUCAGUUGCAACUCCAUCAGCUUUGCUUUUAAUAUCACCUUGUUUUUCUGGAUCUACAAAUUAUCCAUCAUUUCAAGCUAAUAAACAAAAUGAUAAUUUGAGUGCGGAAUUUUUUCGUUAUUGUUUAAAGCAAUAUUUGGGCGAUAGUGGUCAAUCACCAAACAGCCCGUUGAUUUCACCAAUAACUGAAAUUCAACUUAAUGGAUUACCAAAGGUUUGGGCAUGUGUGGGAAGUUAUGAGAUUAUGUUGGAUAGCGUAGUCGGAUUCAUUGAAAAAGCCAGGUCACAAGAAGUCAAAACCGAGUUGAUUGUAGCACCUCGUAACAUGCAUGAUUAUGCCAUUAUAUGGCCAAUAAAUAGAGAUAAUGCUGCCGAAUUAGCAAUGAAAUCAAUGGCAAAAUUUUUAUUUGUUUAA